AUGAACAAGGAAUCAAAGGUGACUCGACUCGGUCUUGAGUGCGUGAGUACUUUGUACGGAGUCCAGGAUCGAAAAAAAGAAAUUUCCACCCCUCCUCAUGAGGGGCUGCCUGUACAGUACUACUACUACUACUACUACUACUACUACUACUACUACUACUACUACUACUACUACUACUACUACUACUACUACUACUACUACUACUACUACUACUACUACUACUACUACUACUACUACUACUACUACUACUAA